CCUAUGCAAAGCUGGUUGUCGUCCAAUGUGAGUGUUCCCCGCCGUAAAGAACGUCUUUAUCGCAGGGAAGCAGCAACAAUGCGCAACAGUUCUAGGAAGUGUGCUCGACUCGCUUUGCUUAGUGGAUUUUUUCUGGUUGCCCUCUUUUAUUUUUGGAAACCUCGCAGCAAAGAAGUUGACAUAAGCUCAAGACAGGAUACACCCAUUAAAAAACUCUUCACUGGGAAAAUUGGAGACGCCACAAAUGAUUAUAAGGACGUUCCCUACCACAUAAAGGAGGAGGUGGCAAGUCGUUUGGCUCAAAAUGCCUGCGUAUGCAAGGCUGAUGAAGAAACCUUUCACCUACCAUUGUCAAAUCUGCUCUUUCCACACGUGUGGGCUCACAAUCUUGAUCAAGCAUUUUUGGAGUUCCACCCUGAUCCUGAAAGUGUAAAGCAGCACAGAGCUGACGAGUACAACAACUUUAAAGAAAGGUCCUACAAUCCUGCAGAUGUGCUUCAUGUAGCUGAGGCCAACAGUCCUCUUCAGUAUCCUACCCAGGGUGUGCUGGUGCGACCCCUAAAGACAAUCAUCAUUCCUGGUUUAGCCCUUAAAGAAGAAACAAGAUCAGUUCACAUGGUAUCUUUGACUGCAACACUUGGAAGUUUCGAUGUUGCUGCUAAGGUGGACAUGGUCUCCAUCCAGGGAGUGGGAGAGAAGAACAUGGUUCUGUCGAGUCCUCUUCUCUCUGCUCUGAACAAACAACUGCAGUUUGUCACCUAUACAAACAUCGUGUUUCAUCCGAAGACAGCAGACACAAUUCAGUUUGCAACUAAAGAUCACCAGUCAUUUUUCACCAUCAAAAUUGAACACAGAAACAAUCCGAAACUUUACAACUCGGGAUACCAAACAGAGUACAAUAUUACAGCUCUAGUUACCAUCGCCACCAAGACCUUUCUGCGCUAUGACAAACUGAAAGAUCUCAUUGACAGCAUAAGAAAAUAUUAUCCCACCGUCACUAUUGUGAUAGCAGAUGAUAAUGAACACCCUCAGCCCGUGACUGGUCCUCAUAUUGAACACUACAUUAUGCCAUUUGGAAAGGGUUGGUUUGCAGGUAGAAACCUGGCAGUGUCUCAGGUAACCACCAAAUAUGUGCUCUGGGUGGAUGAUGAUUUCAUCUUUACUGCAAACACCAAGUUGAAGAAGAUGGUGGACAUCCUAGAAAAGACCACUCUGGAUCUGGUUGGUGGUGCAGUCAGAGAGGUGACAGGUUACACCGCAACUUAUCGUCACACCAUAUCGGUGGAGGAUGGCGGAAAAGAGGGUGACUGCUUACAUAUCAGACUUGGCUACCACCAUGCCAUCAAAGGAUUUCCCAACUGCGUGGUAGCUGAUGCUGUCAUCAACUUCUUCAUGGCGCGGACGGUCAAAGUGCAGCAGGUUGGAUUUGACCCGCGCCUUGCACGGCAGGCCCAUCUAGAGUUCUUCAUCGACGCUCUUGGCCACCUCCACAUUGGCUCCUGUAGUGACGUCAUUGUGAGUCACGCGUCAAAGAUCAUACUACCCUGGAGUAAAACAGACGUACAAAAAGCCUAUGAAAAAUUCCGGUACUCAUCGUCAGCCACGAAUGCUAAAACUCAUAACGAAAUCUUCUACUUUAAGAACAGGUUCAAAUGCAUGACCAGUCAAUGAAAUGUGAGAAAUAGUUUUGCUCAGGUAAAAUAAGACAAAUUGUUUAUUUUUGGUUUUUACUGACAAAAAAACUGGGUGGAUUACCCAGUUAUGAUCUUUGGUAUCCAAGGUUGGUGUUUGUUUUUUUGGUUUUUUAUGUUAGUGGCUUGUAGUGUUUCUAACAACUUUCAUAAGUCUCUGGAAACUUGUAAAUCACCUUUUGACUAUUGUUUUCAAAGCGUUUCACCCUCAUCUUCAAUGAAUUUUUUUUUAUAAACGGGUUCUAAAAAAAAUAAAAUAAAAAUGGAGUUAAGAAAAAGGUAUGUUGUUCCAAGUCACAAUAUAGCAGCAAGUAUUCUAUAGCAAAACAGUUCCAGUUUGAUAAAAAUGGCUUUGCAAACUGAUGCCCAGUGUCACAUGAUUGUUUUUGUUGUUUCAUUUGUAUGUAUUUUUAGGAUACUGUUAUGCCCCACUUAAAAACGAAGUGUUAACUGAGGGGGGAGAGGGGGGGUGUAACACAAAGUGAAAAAGAAAAACUACUGAAAAACAAGAUGUCAUUAAACAUGAUUUAUUGCACAAAACUACUAAAGUAAAGAUGAACAAAGGGAAGCUCUUUUCUUCAGGGUCUCCAAGGCCAAAACAACAAAUAAAACAUCCCCUUUAACUAAGAAAUGAACCAAGAACUCUAGCCGAAAACAAAAUACAAUGGCUGAGCUCCCUGUCUAGCCAAAAACAGGAGAAAACGAUUGAAACAAAAAUGGCAGAGAACCCCUACCUGCUUCCACUGUGAUUAACCAAUUACCACUGUAAAGGCACACCUUUGUUCACAAUAAAGAAAGAAAACCAAAGUUACACAGAGUUUAAAUUCUCGCACACACACACACACUAAAGCCUGCUGCCCAAACCACUGUAGCUCACAGCUCUGGCAAAUGGGGGGAAGUGGAAGGGGCAUGGUGGUUUGAGAUGGCAGACUAUAUGCCAUGGCUGAUGAGCUGCAAUACACCUCAGCUGCGGCUCAUGAGGCAGACCUGGAACACAGGAAAGGGAGAAAAAAAACCUCUCUCACAGAGGGAGAGCCACUAGAGGUCAGCAACCGUAACAGAUACUCAGGUCAACAGUCUUUGUUUUUCCCUCUCCCCUAAUGUCAGUGAUUUCACAAUAUCCUGCUGCUGUGACUGCGUCUCUAAAUUUAAUCUAUGAAACCUUCAGUCAGUAAUUUACGUAAACAGAUGCUGUCUCUGUCUUUUCUUCUCAACAGUAUUUCUAAAAAUGCUUGUUUAAUUUUUUUAGAGUGUAUCGUUUGUUUGUUUGGUUGGUUGGUUGGUUGGUUGGUUGGUUGG